UCGCCUCCCAUUGGCCGGCCGCUGACGGAGGGCGCUCGCUAUUGGGCAGAAGGGAAUGUAAACCCGCUCCGAGUAAUGGCAAAGUAUAAGAAACACCGACGAAAACCCAGAGCCAGAGCAAAAUUUCUACUGAAAAAAAAGGGAGAUGCUACAACCCCCCAGAGCUCAGGUUGUCCUCCACGGUCAGCAGGUGAUCUUCCCCUGAACACGUCAUCUGUUCCAAGCCAUCUGUCCUCAUUCUGGUCAUUAGCCUUGCCCAGUAUAAAAAAUGUGGUAAAACCCUUAAGAACAACAGCAUCAUUGUUGUACUGUUGGUGCCAGAACACGGUUGCACAGAGCUUUAAGGUCGUUAAAGACACCAUGUUUCCAUCACAUAUCUACCUAAGGGAGCUAAGCACAUUCAGGGAGCAGCUGGAAAAGUUGGAAGCUGAGUUUUCCAGACUACAAGGAACACUCCAGAUGAAUGGAACUGCAGCUUUGUCUUCAGAAAAUACUCUUUGUCAGAGGUGUAAUAAACCAGUUCUGGGUGCUACUGGGCAAAUGCAGACAGGCUCACCAUCACCAGUAUCCAAGCCUCCUGCAGUGCAGCUGCAGCCUGGAUCUGUACCCCUUCCACCUCCUCCACCACCACCACCACUGCCCCCACCAAAACUGCCUCCAGCACCUCUCCUCCUCAAACAAGGCAAUGGCUCCAAAGCACCCCUGGCACCAUCCCUGAAAAAAGAGGGGCCGAUGCAGAUCACUCUCAAAGAUCUCCUGAAUGUUAAACUGAAGAAGACAAACAGCAACCUGAGAACAGACAAGGCAGAAUCACCAGUGAAGACACGCAGAGCAUUAAUUACAGUGUCAGAUUUACAGAGUGUUAGUCUAAGACCUAAAUCCAAGCCAUCAGCUCACAUUGCAAAGUCCUUAACUCCCCCUCCUAAAAAUCAGUUAGAUCUUCGAAAACAUCUGAAGAAAGUCAAUAUACAAAGAAGUCCUGGAGGCACUCCACUAAAUGGUAAGGAGAACAUGGAAUGUGGGUCUGGGUUGACACCAAUAAUGACACAGGCACUACGGCGCAAAUUUCAGGUGGCUCAUCCAAAGAGUCCCUCUCCUGCCUGGUUGAGCACUGCAAACAGCUUUGAUGAACAAAAGUAGGUUUAUGGACCCAUGUAUCUGUCACUGGUGGUCAGAAAGCCUCUCAAAAUCCCAUUUUUCUCUUGCUCAGGCAUAUGUAUUUGCAUGUAAAUCCAGUGCAUAUGAGAAUGGGGCAUUAUGAAAUAGAUAUUUAGCAGAUUUCUGCUUUUUGAAGACAGCAUCUUUCUGAUGUGUCUCAACCUGGUUGUAUCUUCUCUGUUCAUGGAACAAAAUCAUGAAAUAUUCAGAAUUGUUUUGCUACCUGGCUGCUGCUGAAUCAGGGACUAGUAUGUUCCCAGCACUGGUGCUGCUUGUAAUAUAAGUAUGUGUAUGUUUGCUGCAAUUCAGUAUUGGUUUGACAUUUUUUUUUAACAUGAAAGAUCUUGCCAGUCAUAGGACAGGUUCAAAGGAAAGCAGCAGUUGAGCACACUGAUGUUAUUAUAGUGCUGCACGUUUCCAGAAACAAUUCCAUGUGUGAAGCAAUUGCACUAUGUAUCACUUCUGGCUGUUCUCAGCUCACCCAUCGUGUUAAAAGACUGCACUAAUUAAA